GUGUGUAUAUCAACAGUCUAAAUUCAUUCUAAACAAAAAUAAAUGACAAGAAUCGAUUAUCCUAACCUAAUGAGUAAUACCAUUUUCAUAGCAAUGCAAACCAAAACGCUUACCCACUGAAGACGUCGUGCUUAUUGAAAUUAAUUAAGAGCUGCACAGUGUUAUGCGAGGAGACAUAAUGUGAGGAAUCUUGACGGUAAAUGUAUAAAAUGUAGAAAAAAAUCGUUUCGUUUGGUGCUUGACAGUGGGAUCAGUGUUAUUGAUUGACGUGCACGCUUUAGUAUUUCUGUCAUGGUCGAAGCUCUUAUUGGCUGAAGCCAACUCCUUGGUAAGUAUCAAGUGCUUGGAUUGGCUAAGGCUUCUCGCCAGCUGUACUUCAAAGAACGCGCUCUGUACAACUAGUUAGAUGAAGUAGUUCUGAGCCAGGAGAGAAUUCGCGAGUCUCUGGGUGAGCAGAGCGCGUCUGAGUCAAAUUGGAAACAAAACAAGGUGUUGCGAUCGAUUCAAAACAGGACAACAGGACCUGGCUAUGGCUACUUCUAUACUUGGGGUAAGUGAUGGGCAUGCUUAUGUAUUUUAAAGUGUUAUGUCCUUAACAUCCACGCUGCACCAUUCUAUCUGGUGGCUUCACUGUUAACGCUCUUCAUUUCAUAUAGCCAAACUUUCAACGUUGUGAAGAAUUAACUGGUUGCUUGUAAAUUAAUUGUUAUGAAAUUGUUUACUUUCCUGCAAGAAUGUGUUGCUAUAUUGUUCUUUAGGUACAGUUUAUAAGGCCAUAACGAGGGCAGGUUUCCUAAACACAUAACUUUCUUUGUUGAUCAGGAUUAGAUGGAUUAUUUUCGCAGCCUGUCUCAUAGAGGAGUAGGAUUCAUUUAAACACGAUGCUAAAUGUCUAAAAACUUCAACUUGUCUUUCUUUAGGAAGAACCACGAUUUGGAACUACCCCUUUGGCUAUGCUGGCUGCUACCUGCAACAAAAUUGGUAACACCAGUCCUCUCACCACAUUACCUGAUUCCAGCGCUUUCUCGAAAGGAGGAUUUCACCCUUGGAAGAGAUCGUCCUCUAGUUGUAACUUGGGAUCGAGUCUGCCCGGUUUCGCCGUGGCGACGAGUAGGGGAUCGACAGGACUAACUUCAACUGGCACGGGCAACAGCGCUUUCUGCCUGGCAUCCACGUCCCCCACGUCCUCGGCGUUUUCCACUGAUUACAGCAGUUUGUUCUCGAACUCGGCCGGCGUUUCAUCGCAAGAGUCUGGACAGUCGGCUUUCAUCUCCAAAGUUCACACCUCAGCAGAAUCACUCUAUCCAAGGGUGGGCAUGGCGCACCCCUAUGAGUCGUGGUACAAGUCAGGUUUCCACUCUACGAUCUCGAGUGAAGUGGCAAACGGCGCGUCUCCAUGGUGGGACGUUCACACCAAUCCCAGUUGGCUGGAAGUGCAGAAUCCUGCCAGCUCUCUGCAAAGCUCACUGCACUCGGGGACUCAACAAGCCAUACAUUCUCAACUGAGCGGUUACAACCCCGAUUUCUCUACCCUGACACACUCUGCGUUCAGUUCCACCGGUAUAAGUCCCUCUGCGUCUCAUCUUCUGUCAACAAGCCAGCAUUUGUUGACACAAGAUGGUUUCAAAACAGUCAUUCCCACAUACACGGACACGUCUGCCGCAAAUGCCAUGAUAUCAGGUACAAGCUCUUCAAUAGGAAGUUCAUCGCGAUCGUCCAGGAGAUACUCCGGCAGGGCAACAUGCGACUGUCCUAACUGUCAGGAGGCAGAGCGGCUCGGGCCUGCGGGGGCCAGUCUUCGCAGAAAGGGACUCCAUAGCUGUCACAUUCCGGGUUGUGGCAAAGUAUAUGGAAAAACAUCUCACCUCAAGGCUCACCUCAGAUGGCACACAGGCGAGAGACCUUUUGUCUGUAACUGGCUAUUUUGUGGUAAGCGAUUUACUAGAUCUGAUGAACUUCAGAGGCACCUUCGUACCCAUACGGGUGAGAAAAGGUUUGCCUGCCCCGUAUGCAACAAGCGCUUCAUGAGAAGCGACCACCUGAGCAAGCACAUUAAAACUCACACCGCUGGCGGAGGAAGUAAAAAAGGAAGUGACAGUGAAUCCGAUACCAGUAACCUCGAGACACCCAGGUCCGAGUCCCCCGAACUUCUUUUGGAAGGAGUCAACUCUAACAGGGUCAAAGACCCCUCUCCUCAUCAUGAUUCCUAGACUGAAUUCCAUCGCUAUAAUAUCCGAAUGACCUCUAUAUAGUGACAAUAGCAGCACAUUUAAGUUGACGGAAACAGGUGAGGCUUGAGUUUGUGAAACACUGCUAACCAGGGAUCGAGUUUCCGCAUACAGUCAUUAUUUUAGUUUAAACUAAAAAUGAAUCCAAGUCUGAUUAGUAUUUUAUCUUCUAAAUAUGAAACGGCUGAUCUACCAUGACACUUCUGCUUUUUCAUGGACUCGAGCUGACAAGUGUUUUAACAAAAGACAUUUUGUAAGGAUCCGUGCGCAAAGACGAAACCUAAAAGAAUUUGACUGGAAGAUUUGCGUCGAAUUCUCCAUGUACAUAUGUGGACAACAAAUGACAUGUUAUUUUUCUUGUAAAUGUUAUGGUUGUUUUGUCCGUGGUGGAUCCUGAAAUUCAGGGAGUUUUCUUUACUUUUGACGCACUUUGUGGAUGUCAGUAUGUAUGUACACAGCUAUUUAAAUAUUCAGUUACCCACUUUCCUUUCCUCGCUAAAAUAUAAAUGUUUAAUUGUAUAAAGCUACACGUAUAAGAAUUUCAUUUUUAAUUAAAGGGAUUUAAAAAUCCAAACGUUCAGUGUUUCAGAAUUUUGUGUUGACAUGCACUGUCUUUUGUUUGUUUGUUUUUUGUACUUUGUCUUCAUAUACACUGUUAUUGAUCCAAAACGCAUGCACGUGUGAAAUACGAGAAUGCAACUGUCAUAUUGGAAAAACAACGAAUGUUUAUUGAAAUAAUCUAUCAAAAUCACUGAUAAGGGCAAACGCAUUGACGAGCAUUUCCCCCGUGGAAUAAAUCAAUAGUUAAUGCCCCGGAACAGACAUUAUGUGCCCAAAUGAAAAUCUUGUUAAAUACUAUUAAUUAUGACUUGGAGCAUAUCGCAACCCCAUGUGUCUUGUAUUCGCGAUUAGGGAUUCGUGUCUUAUCAAAUAUCUAAUUAAUCUCCGAGACAUCAUUUGUUCAGCUCUUCUUUAUCUGGGGGUUUCCAAGGGGGGUUUGAGUGACAAAAGGGCCCCUGAAUAUUUAUUUUAAUCGCCCAAAUUAACUGCUUGAAUUUGCAUGUCAAACGAAAAACGGUGGUCCAAAAGUGGGCUAACAUAAAGCAUCUUUUAGCUUUUUACAGCACAUACUUGAUUUGGUGUUAUGUGAACUUUAAAAAAAUG